UUUAGAUUUUCAAUUCCGCAAUUGCGAGCGCAUCGUGGAUUGGCUUUUUCGCACGACUUCAAUUCUCGUCGUUUUUCUCAUGAUAUAAAAUGCCCAGUAUGUCAAAAAACAGUUCCAUCAGAUGACGCAGAAGUUCACUUGGUUAUGUGCCUCACUCGUCCUAAAAUCACAUAUAAUGAGGAUACACUGAUGGAAGAUAAAGGCGAAUGUGCAAUUUGCUUUGACGAAAUGCUUAGUGGUAGUUGCAUUGCUCGUUUGCCAUGUCUUUGUAUUUACCACAAAAAUUGUAUUGAUGAAUGGUUCACGCGAAAAAACUGCUGCCCGGAACAUCCAGGUUAUGAUUAA